GUUGCUUUUCCUCAGGGAUUUCUGUGCCUAGUUAUACCCUAGAAAACCGUUAUCUCUAGAGUUUGAACUUAAGGCCUUGGUCUCAGAGGCUGCACACCAUCUAUACUAAGGAUCUUUUUAAACAAAACAAAACAGAGCCUGGCACUUACUAAGCUGUGUUAGACUUUCUUAAAUCCACGGGCAUAUCAAUACGGAGGGUUAGGGUGUGGGUACUGGGAAUCCUCUGGGAAUCCUCUGUUGUCUGUCUGAUGGGAAGCGAGGCCUCAGGUUUAUUCCACUUUAGGAAAUAUUUACUUUCCCUUAGUUAUACAUUUAUACAAUGUGCAUAAGGGGGCAUCUGCAUCAGUCACAGGUGGCUCCUGACCACUGAGCCAUCUCUCCACACUCCCCACACCCCCGACUUUACAAACACCCAAAUCUGCUGGGACUCAGUAUUGGGCUAGCCAGCCAGUAAGCUUUAGGGACUCUUCUGCUCACUCCAGUGCUGGCUUUACAGAGCUGUCACCUAUAUCCUGGUUUUACAUAGGUUCUGGGAGUCUGAAAUCAGGUCCUCAAGUUCAGCAAGCACUAUACAAAAAGGCAUCUCCCAGCCCCUUGUUUUCUUCUUUCUUUUCUUUUCUUUCUUUUUUUUUUUUUUUCUAUGAUGUUACUAUGUAAGCAUAAAUAGACUAGGUAGGCCUUGGACUCAGAACUACCUGCUCUUGCCUUCCCCUGUGCUGGAAUUGAAGGUGUACAUCUCCAUGCCUAGCCCUUACUUCUGAGGAAGGAUUUCUGAGUCAUUGUAAUUUGGGAGGCCUAAAGCAUCAGUGUUGGCCCUGCAGAGCUGCAGCUACUUAUGAGAAGGCCACACACACACACGCGCGCACACACACACAAACACGCUAUUGACAGUGCUACACAAUGUAUGUCUGCUUGACACUUAGUUUACCCCAUGUCUUCUGUCCACUCUGCACAGCUCUAAGUGCUUCCUAGGAAGUGUGAUGGCGCAUGCUUAAAAUCCCAGAAGAGGCAGGAGGAUUGCUACAAAUUCAAGACAAGUCUGGGCUAUACAGUGAGACCUUGUCUCAAGCCAAACAUAGAAACUUUCCUUUUGUGCAGCUCUCCUCCACUAACUGCCAAGUCCGUGGGCUUGUACCACUGAUAACUUGGAAGGGUUUGUCUUCCCUAACUAAGAUGCCCCCCUCCUGCAGGUGGCUGCCUGCCCAGCCCAGCACCAUGCACACGCUUGUGUUCCUCAGCACACGGCAGGUGCUUCAGUGCCAGCCAGCUGCGUGCCAGGCCCUGCCCCUGCUGCCCCGAGAACUCUUCCCUCUGCUGUUCAAGGUGGCCUUCAUGGACAAGAAGACAGUUGUGCUGCGUGAGCUCGUGCACACGUGGCCCUUCCCCCUGCUCAGUUUCCAGCAGCUGCUGCAGGAAUGUGCCCACUGCAGUCGGGCCCUGCUGCAGGAGCGGCUCAGCACAGAAAGCAUGCAGGCUGUGAUCCUGGGGCUGACCUCCCGGAUUCACACUCAAGAAAGAGGAGCCGGCACGCAACCCUUUUGCAGGAAGCAUGCAUUGCGGGUACUGGACAUGACUGGUCUCCUGGACGAUGGUGUGGAGCAGGAUCCUGACACCAUGAGCAUGUGGGACUGUACAGCGGCUGUAGCCAGAACGUGCAUCGCCCAGCAGCAGGGUGGCACUGCCGAGCCAGGGCUCUCACCAGUCCCUGUGGAAAUCCGUGUAGACCUUCGGGUAAACCGGGGCUCCUACACAUUCCUUCGUGAGGCACUCCAAAGUAGCGUGGACAGCCCACUGCGGCUGUGCUGCCGGGACCUCCGGGCUGAGGAUCUCCCCAUGCGGAACACUGUGGCCCUGCUACAGCUUUUAGAUGCAGGCUGUCUGCGCCGGAUAGACCUGCGCUUCAAUAACCUGGGCCUGCGUGGCCUGUCUGUCAUUAUCCCACAUGUGGCCCGCUUCCAGCAGCUAGCUAGCCUGAGGCUGCAUUACGUGCAUGGGGACUCGAGACAGCCUUCUGUGGAUGGUGAGGACAACUUUCGCUACUUUCUGGCCCAGAUGGGCCGGUUUACCUGUCUUCGGGAGCUCAGCAUGGGCUCCUCUCUCCUCUCAGGCAGGCUGGAUCAGCUGCUCAGUGCCCUGCAGAGGCCCCUGGAGAGCCUAGAGCUGGCCUUCUGCGCGCUGUUGCCUGAGGACCUCCGCUGCCUGUCUCAGAGCUCUCAUGCAGCCCACCUCAAAAAGCUGGAUCUGAGUGGCAACGACCUGUCAGGCAACCAGUUGACACCCUUCCAGGGUCUGCUGCAGGCAGUAGCAGCCACAUUGCUGCAUCUUGAGCUGACUGAGUGCCAGCUUGCUGAUGCCCAGCUGUUGGCCACACUGCCCACCCUCACUCGAUGUGGCAGUCUCCGUUACCUUGGUCUCUAUGGCAACCCUUUGUCUAUGGCAGGACUUAAAGAACUGCUUCGGGACUCAGUGGUACAGGCUGAGCUACGUACUGUGGUGCACCCUUUCCCUGUGGACUGCUAUGAGGGUCUUCCUUGGCCACCACCUGCCUCUGUCCUUCUGGAAGCCUCCAUCAAUGAGGAGAAGUUUGCCCGUGUGGAAGCUGAAUUACACCAGCUGCUGUUAGCUUCGGGCCGUGCCCAUGUACUCUGGACCACAGACAUCUAUGGCCGGCUGGCUGCAGACUAUUUUAGCCUCUGAUCUCCAGGGUCUUGGUGAACCCUGACACAAAGACUCCUGUCUUAGGUUUCCUGCAGUUUGCCUUUCUCCUGGGUAUAACUCCAGUUACCUCUGCUUUCUGCAGUCUCCUUCACCUGUUCCCAGUAUCUGGCUGCCUGCUGGUAUCUCAGGCCUGUGCUCCCGUUCUGUUCUGUGUGAUGUACUUGUUGGCUCUGUUGUGUUGUAGUCUCUCUGCAGAGAACGGUUUCUGGACACAUCCUAUGCCCUUAGCAGGAGUGCAGUGCAUUGAGGUAGACGUUGGGAUGACCUGUCUCAGGGCAUCUUGGGGUCUUAUACUGUGUACUCUGCCUGGCACCCUGUUACCUGGCUCUGGAGGGUGUAAGGUACAGACGUGCAGUAUCUGGAAUGUGAAUUUAUGGGCUUUUUUGAUGUGUGUCCUAAUUGGAUGGGAAAGACUUACCUGCAUUUCAAGUGUUGCUU